UGAAAUGAGUCAGAGAAACGAAGCCCUUUGGAACUUGGAAGAGCCCAAUAAGCAAACAAAAAGAAAUAUUACUAAAUCGUCUUUCUUUCAGAAAAAUAAAGGAAGUCUUCUGGGUUUUCUUCUUCUCAUUCUUCAUUUUAGGUUUUGCGAUGAACCGGUAACGGCCAGAUCCAUUGAAUUGAGUUUGUCAGUGUUAGAAACAUCAUCCAAAGUUGUUAGAAGGUCGUGAUGUUGAUUAACUUGACUGUAAGCUGUAAAAGAACGGUGGCAGACUGGCAGUAACUGAAGAUUAUGCUUGUUCCAAUAGUAUGGAGAUUGUUUCUGGCAACCAGCCAAGCACCGGCAAUGAAUUGAAACUUUAUGGCAUUAUCAGUGAGGUAGUUGUAGAUGGAUCAUGAAGCCAGUCAGCCGAAACAGGAGCGCUCAAGAACAAGGUGGACUGCGUCCCUUGAUAGGAUAUUUGCAGACUUGGUAGUGAAGCAAAUUCAAUUGGGAAACAGGCCAAACAAUGUUUUUGACAAGAAAACGUGGAAUAUCAUACGUGAUGAAUUCAACGAGCAAACAGAUCUUAACUUCAAUAACAAUCAGUUGAGAAAGCACCUGGAUGUUCUGAGAAUACGUUUCUAUAACCUCAAGUCAGCUUAUGAUCAAAAUGACUUUGCAUCCAUGGAGGACUCUUGUUGCAUUGGGUUUGACCUGUGGGAAGACAUUGGGGCACAGCCUAGGCCUGAGCCAAUCAAAAUCAAGGACUGCCCCAUUUAUGAGCAACUAUGUACAAUAUUUACUGAUUCAUCUGCUGAUGGGAAGUAUGCCCAAUCAAGUCACUUUGAGGGACUAGAAAAGGCUGUUGGAAAUGAUACCAGUGUCUUAACUUCAUGCCCAGAUGAUAAUCUACCCACCUCAAGGUUAACCCAAAGCGGUUCAUUGUCUGAAAAGUUGACUAAGAGUAUUGCAGAGAGAAAAAGAAGACGACCAUCUGAGGCACAAUCUUGUUUGGAUCAGAGCAGAAAGGAUGAAGAAACCUCUGAGACUAUGGCUGGAGCCUUGUUAGAUAUGGUUGCGGCUUGGAGGUCAAGGAGUACAAUUGCCACAAAACGAAGUGAUGAGAAAUUUAGCAUAACUAAUUGCAUUAAAGCAUUGGAUGAGAUAGAAGACAUUGAAGAGUGGCUCUAUUUUGCAUCUCUUGACCUCUUCGAAGACCCCACCCUAAGGAAAACCUUUAUCUCUUUAGAAGGUGGCAAGAUUAGGCUGACAUGGUUGCAAGAGAAGUGUGAGAAACCUGCAAUGACCUGUGUCUGAGUUAAAGGGUGAACCUUUGGCUGCUUUGUAAGUGCUAGGAUCUUGACUGCAAUUGUUUAAUCUUAGGGAGCUAGUUUGGUCAAACAUUAGUUACAUAGUACAGAUUGAUAGAUGAGAUGUUCUAGCUGUAGGGUUACCGAUGUUCACAGGCACGUGUAUAUUUAUGUAAGUUUGCAGAUAGUGGAAUCGUCCUUUUGCAUGGGGUUACAACUGCACGUAUGUGCAUUCAUUUGGUUAAUGGUGACCACAGUUCAUCUUCCUCAACCAGUUUGGAUCUGGUUGCCCCUUCUCCCAAGGGAGAGAGCUCGUCAGACUCGAGAAUCAGCUGAAGGGUGGCUUCUCUUCUUUAUAUGAAAGCAACUAAAAACAGAGGAAACGUCAUUAGAAAAGGUUAAAGAAUCCUCUAAGUCCCGCAACUCUUUGUAUAUUUGGAAUUUAAUCUCUUAUUUUUUAUAUUUCAAAAUUUAGGUCUAAUUGCUAACGCCCUCAAAUUCUUCUGUUAAA